UGGCUCCAUUCAGGGGCCGGGUGGGGGUCCGCCCGUGCGCAGGGCGGGCCGGGCAUGGCCUCGCCGCCGGCGGCCUCGCCAUCGUGCGGCGGGCCGCCGCGCAUGCAGGGCACCCCCGGGGACGAGUGGGCCCUGCUCGCCGGGGUGUGGGUCGGCCUCGCGCUGCAGCUGCUGCGGCGCCUCAAGAAGGUCACCCGCGACGAGCACGAGACCGAGAUGGCCAAGCUGAAGCUGCCCUGGGAGGUCGAGGCCAGCUUGAGGGAGGGCAAGCACUGCAUGCUGUCGCCCCUGGCCGACCGAAGCUGCCUGCUCGUGCUGGCUCACCUGCGUCGCUGCUGCGGCCACGAGCCCCGGUCGCACUUCUCUGCAAAGGCGUUUUUUUGGGCUGCUAUAUCCCAGGUGUGCGUGCACGAUGGAGCCGUCCUGUCGUUCAUGAUGGAUAAGGAGGCGGCGGCGUCCUACUCCGAAGCUGGUUGGUUGGAUGAUUUCGGCAGUUUCAAGACACAGGCGGCUCAGUGGUUUGAUUAUGCUAUGGCUGAUUCAGGGUUCAGCAGUAGUAUGACAAGUGGUCUGUCGCGGCCAGUGUUGCACCUGCUGGGGAAGAUCCUACCAGAGAAUGAGAUGAGGACGCACCGGGUGUUGGUCCAUAAUUUCAUUCAGAAUUUUGAUUUUUUCGCCUGCGCAAGCGAACUUAGAUGUGCGGGUUCCCAUGAAAAGCGCAAGCGGGUAUUGAUACGUUAUUUGGGAAACGUAGAGUUGCGCAUCAUAUCAAUAUCCAGUUGCCUUUGGCAUAGUAUGCCACCGUGACAGUGCAUGUUUCAUUUGCUUGCCGUGAUGUUAUUCAGUUUUCUCCUGGACAGGCUCUCUAGAAACAGUCCGUGGCCGUUUGGGAAGCAUCGCUACGAUGUUGUAUCUUGACGCGGCCUCGACGUUGCUUGGCCGUCGCGAUGUCCCUUUGGGGGACGGCGGAUUCUUACGGGGCCUGGAGCACUCCCAGGUCAUGAGCUGGCAACUAGCACCCAUGCCUAUGCGACGCCUAGGUUUUUCGGGUUGGGAUUCCAUGGGGGCUGUGGGCGUGUGUUGUCGGAUGGCCUCCCAACUCAAACGGGACUCCCCUGCGGGGUCCGACAACCCGCGCCCAUACCUACAGCGCUUCCAUUUCCGUGCCCUUCCCAAUGUCUCCUCCCCGUAGGUUUGAGUGCGUGCGCGUUCCUUUCAUCAUCAGGCGCCGCCUUAGAGGUCUCUGAAGGGCUUCGUGGGCGCGAUGGGUCCGCCGAGCCCACGGGAAGGGCCCCCAGCGGAACCACAUCGGGGCCGCUUGGUGGGGCAGCUGAUCCGGGCCGUCAUGUGGGGCGUUCCAGAAGGGGCCUCGCUUUCGAGGACCGAGGAGUUGCUCUGAUUCUUCAAAACAAGGAUGGGUUCUGCGCGAUGCCAUGGAGGGG